AUGUCUUUUGCUGUCCAGCAACAACUUAUUGAAUCGUCACAUACUAUUGAGCUCGUUCAAAAUAUCGCGAAUCAAGAUCAAAUAACAUGGCAGACAAAUCGUCGUGUUAGAUUUAACCCUGAAAUCAAAGUAAAAUAUAUUGAUAGUGAACCUAAAUGUUUGAUGCAUAUCAAAGUUGUCGGUGAUUCUUUUAGUGAAAAUGAUGAUUUCAAAGUCUUGCAAUUUUUAGAAAGUCUUUAUUGGAAAGCUGUUCAAUUAAGGGCUAAUAGAAAAGCGCAUGAGAAAAUUAGACAAAAAAAAAUUAUAGAAGCUGAAAUUGAUUUGAGAGUGUGGAGAAGAAAAAAUCUUAUUGGUACCUAA